GAAGAAGAAGAAAAACGCGGAAGUGACGCACUAAUGUUUACAAGGCAGCUCAGUCGCAGUCAAUAGUGUACGCAAAUGUGAUAGCAUUUGUCUUCAUACUUCACGCGUUUCUCCGCGCAGCUUGUUGAUUAGUUUACUUGUGUUGUUUGUUUGUUUAUUUCUCGAUGGGGGCUCACGGGGUCCUCGGGAACGAGCCUGACUCCAUCGACUACUCGGUGCACGAAGCCUGGAACGAGGCCACCAAUGUUUACCUGCUGGUCAUCCUGGUCAGCUUCGGCCUGCUCAUAUACGCCAGGAAAAACAAGAGGAAGAUCAUGCGCAUCUUCGCUCUGCCUCCCACCGUGGGCAACAGCCCCGAGCCCAACUUCUACGACAGCCUGCAGAAGGUGCGCCUGAGGCAGCAGCUGGAGAUGUACUCCAUCGCCAGGAAGUUUGACCAGCAGCAGGGACAGGCGGACAGCGUGCAGCUGUCCAUGGAAUGAGAACAGGAGGACAUCGAGCCCUUCCUGUCAGAGAAAACUCUCCCUGCACAUGAAUGGAGAACGAAUCGGACGACUGUCGCAGUCAGACUUUGUGGAAAAGACACAGCCCCCCUCCCCCAUCUUUGCUGUUUCUGUUUGUGUUUGCCUUCUCACUUUAUCUCAUCUGUUAUACGUGGAGAACAUACAGCUGGAUGGAUUUUAGCGUGGGGCGUUUUGAGGAGUGUAGCAUCCUGCAGGCCUGCAGUGACGUUUGCUGUGAAAUGUCCUGUAUCUGCAGCACGAGUAUUUUAAUCGGGGCACGAGGAGAAUAAAAAAAAAAAAUGUCUCCCUGGAAGAGUUUUUUGCACAUGGAACAAGAUCCUUCAACUUCAACAUAAGCUCUAGACAAGUUUUUGUUCCAUUUAUUUUGUAUUUGUUUAUUAGAUAUGUGUAGAUAAGUGAUCAGUAAAGUAAUAAUUCUCAAAUGUGACAAUAAAGACACACUAGAUGUAGAUUUA